AUGAUUGUCAAGGUGUUCGACCACAUAUAUAUUAGCAACGUGUACAAUGCAAACGAUAUUUACCAUCUGAUAAAUUUGAACAUCGGGGGGGUCCUGACGUGCUUCCGUUGCAUGAGCAUCGAGUGGUGCCACCAUGACCCCAAGGAGAACAGGAAGAUUUUUUACAAAGACAAAUUUUUAAACUGCAAGGGGGAGUUGUUGAGGGACCCCGGAGGAUGGGACUACUCCUCUUUGCCACUAUGCCAAAACGCGUCAAUACCGAUAAGUGGCCCUCAUCAGUCGGCCACCAAAUUAACUCCAUGUAGUACCAGCGCGCGGGGGGACUCGGUCAACGGGGGGAAUACUCCUUCCCACGGUGCAACAGACAGCAAGGAGGAGGACCUGUUUGCACAACCAUAUGCGCACUACGAUUAUAUUCUGUACCCACUGGAAAUUCUUAAAAAGAAAAUUACAAAGGAGACCAUUGAUGAUUACAUAACGGCGAUGGUACACUUGAAGGACGACGUGGAGGUGAAUUGCGUCCCCGUCGCAGAGAACGACAUAUCCGCAUCAGCAGAGGAGGAGAUAAAGAAGUGCUUGGAUGGAGCGUUAGACGAUGAGGGUGUGAAGGGCAACGAAGGUCAGGAGAACAGAACGAGACAGAGGAGCUGCAGUUUGGCCGAUGAAAAAACUUUAUUUGACAAGAAGAGUUCUAGUCCAAGUGGCAGUGCGAAACCAACGGAGGGGAAGAAUCAGCCUGAGGGGGUUUCUAGAAGUGCCGAAGAUUUAAAAGUGCCUGGAGGAAAUGAUGGGAAGACGCCCCCCCACCCCCUGAAAGGACAGAAAUCACAGGGCAGCAUAAAAACAGUGUGUGAAUUGAAUGGAAUGCUGAGAGAUGAAAAAAAUAGAAUGGUGCCAUUCAGCAAUGUGUAUAAAAUGAAGCAUAUGUAUUUGGACAUCCUAGACACCUUUGAUGAAAACAUCCUGAACCAUGUGGACAGAGCCCAUGCCUUCAUCGACGACGUGAUUAAGAAUAAUAAAAAUGUUUUGGUGCAUUGCGUGGCUGGUAUUUCUCGGUGCUCCUCCAUCAUCCUUUCGUACAUUUCGAAGAAGAAUGGGAAGAGCAUUGCUGAAAAUUUUUCAACUCUUAAGGACCGCUACCCCUUUGCCCACCCCAACGAAGGCUUCUACAGGCAGCUGCUUCUAUACGAGAAGAUGAACUACACCUUAGAUGGACGAAGCCAAUACCACCGCGUCUAUGAAGAGAUAAAGAGCGACCGAGGUGGGCUGGAGAGGCUAAAAUGUAUGAACCUCAAAAAUGAGCCAGAACCGACAUACAAGUUUAGGUGCAAACUCUGCAGACUUACCCUCUUCAACGACAAUGAUAUCAUUCAGCAUGAGCUGGACAAGUACAAGAUAAAAAAAAAGUACGGGCAGUCCUGCACAAGCAUCUUUAUCGAGAAGAAGGAGUGGGUCCUCACGGAGAAUAAAAUGAAGGGCGCAUUGAUUUGCCCAAACAAAAAUCGCCAAGCUAGGAAAAUGGUCGUGGACAGGAAUAUGCUGCUCAUAAACACUUCCAACGUCGACCGCAUGAAGAUUAAUCCCAACUUACCCUAA